GCUGCUCUGCCAGGGGCCUGACCCUCGUUGGAGGACGGGGGCCGUCGCCAUGUCGGUGUCACACAGCUCCAGGCUGAACAAGCUGGUGCGGGAGCAGUACAUGAGGCUGCCCCAGGACGGCAGGGUGCAGGUCACCUACGUCUGGAUCGACGGCAGCGGCGAAGGGGUGCGCUGCAAGAGCAGGACUCUUGACAAGGAGCCCAAGAGCAUUGAAGAUGUCCCCGAGUGGAAUUUCGACGGCUCCAGCACGGCACAGGCAGAGGGCUCCAACAGCGACAUGUUCCUGGUGCCAGUCUGCAUGUUCAGGGACCCUUUUUGCCUGGACCCCAACAAGCUGGUGCUCUGUGAAGUGCUCAAGUACAACAGGAAACCCGCAGAGACCAACCUGAGACACACGUGCAAGAAAGUCAUGGACUUGGUGAAGGACAGCCACCCCUGGUUUGGGAUGGAGCAGGAGUACACACUGCUGGGAAUCAACGGCCACCCCUAUGGCUGGCCCGACAACGGCUUCCCCGGCCCACAGGGCCCCUAUUACUGUGGGGUUGGAGCAGAUAAGGUGUACGGGCGCGAUAUCGUGGAGUCCCACUACAAGGCCUGUCUGUACGCGGGGGUGAAGAUCUGUGGCACCAACGCAGAGGUGAUGCCCUCCCAGUGGGAAUUCCAGGUGGGCCCGUGUGAAGGCAUUGAGAUGGGGGAUCACCUGUGGAUGGCUCGGUUCAUCCUCCACCGUGUCUGUGAGGACUUUGGGGUUGUGGCUACGCUGGACCCCAAACCGAUGACCGGCAACUGGAACGGCGCUGGGUGUCACACCAACUACAGCACCGAGGAGAUGAGGAGAGAGGGGGGUCUCAAACACAUCGAAGCUGCCAUCGAGAAGCUGAGCAAGCGGCACGACUACCACAUCUGCGUGUACGACCCGCGGGGCGGCAGGGACAACUCCCGGCGGCUCACGGGCCACCACGAGACCUCCAACAUCUUCGAGUUCUCCGCCGGCGUGGCCAACCGCGGCGCCAGCAUCCGCAUCCCGCGCCAGGUGGGCCAGGAUGGCUGCGGCUACUUCGAGGACCGGCGGCCGGCGGCCAACUGCGACCCCUACGCCGUCACCGAGGCCAUCAUGAGGACGACGGUGCUCAACGAGACCGGGGUGGAGACCAAGGACUACGCUGACCACUGAGGCCGCGGGGUGGGUGGGGGUUUCGGUGUCUACACUAGCUUCUCACGUGGGAUUUGUGCCUGUGUGGUGUCCUCGGCUGCAAGCUCAGACUCUUUAGGAACCUCGCUUCUGGUCUUGUGAAACGUCGCCUUAGAAAUACAUAUAUAUAUAUAUUUUAUAGUGACAGGGAGGGGCCCAACCUAUUUUACCUGUUUUCUCAACCAAUUUUUUUUUCUGGUUCCUCGUUUUAGGUUUGGGGGGGGUUGUUCAUUUGUUUGGGGUUUUUUUGUUGGUUUUUUUUUUUUCCUUUUUUUCCCCCUUUUUUUUUUUAAACUUGGAUCGAAUUUUUUUGCCCCAUGGACUUUACACUGUGAUGUACAUAGAUCCUUGCGUGGAUGCUGCAGCUGCUGCUGUUUGUGCCUGGGGAGGGAGGGUGUCUGCUUUUUUUUUUUUUCCCAUAUCUCUGUUGCAAGGAAAUGAUAAUAAAUAAUUCUCCUGGCUGCGUGGCAGCCGGGUUA